UCAGUUUACUCAUUGCUCCACACACACAAGAUUUUACCUUUUCUUCACUUUCCCCUUGCUCAUUCCACACACAAAUCACCUCUGUCUCUGGUUCUUGCAUAUAUAGAAGUCUCCUCCCUUUGAUCUCUCAGUCUUAUCUCUCUGCUCUCUCAUUCCCCUUUAUCAAGCUCUCUAUGAUCUCUCAGUCUCUCAUAUCUCUCAGCUACAGUGUUUUUGGUGAUUUUAAGCUCAGGAAAAAAAAACCCAAAGAGGUUUCCAUUCAUUUCCCUGGCAGCGGACAAGACUACUUAAGCUCACCCGCCUGACUCACUAGACCUACUUCCCAAACAGACCCGAAAGAAAUUGCGGGAAGCAACGGGCCAUUUAGGCGGGAAUCCAACGUGGCAACCAAGCACGCUUUCCCUCCAAAGCCUAACCUCGGUGUUCUGGUAGAAAUUAGGCUCUCUCUCUCGCUGUGUUACCAAUGGAGCCUUCAUCUUCAUCAAAAUCCAAAUCCAAGAAGCAGCCCACACGGCUCCCCCGCAACUGCUUGCGCAACCGCGUCGUCGCCCUCUCCGUCAAGGAAGCCAGAAAAGUCGCCGAAACCCUCCGCCCCAACUCCUCCGCCAGAAGGCAGAUCCAAUCCUCCUCAGAAAUCCCCGAGCCCCACAAGCUACCCGAAAAGUAUGAGAUUCUUGCUCAGUUUUUUGAUAGCUUGGUUAGUUCUAUUCGGUUGUUGCGGUUGAAGGGUUCCUCAUCCUCUUUUACCAAUAUUUGCCCCAAAAUUAAGUGUUUAACUGAUAGGAGGUUUACACACAGGCACUUGGCUCAAUUGAAGUUUAUUUUGCGCGGUGCAAUUGAGAUAAAGAGGGUACUUGUGUUCGAUGAGCGGACAAGCUGUAUGAAGCCGGAUCUCCAUGUUUCCAUCAACGUUGAUGCAGUGGAAAAUGAUGGGAAGUUGAAAUCUGAAAGCGGGAAUAUGCGUUUGAGGAAGGUGUUACGAUCGCUGCUUGCGGAUUUUUCUAAAUCCUGUCCUGAGGUGGAUGAAAUUCCAGAGGAACUGUUGCCUGAACCAUUCAAUCGUAAAAAGCUAGACAUCCAUUCGAACAUGAAAACACCCACCUCAUCAUUUCCUAUUAAGACAUCAACUGUUGCACUAACAGCACUGCAAUCAGCAGUAUCAGAAACCUGCAUUCGGGAUGAUGAAACUGCUGAAGGAACAGAACAAGAUCUGAAUUCAAACAUAAACAAUUCUCCCAAUGUGUCAUUUCCCCUUGGGACAUCAAUCGAAGCACAUAGAAAACAGCAACCAGUGGUAGCAUCACAUCUCUCUCGAUCUUUCUGCAAGCGCUUUUCACAGAAAGUCAUCAGCCAUGAAGUACAGAACUAUCCUCUAAACUUAUCAAUGACUGAUUUCCAAUCUUCAGUUCUUCCAGUUCCAGAAACUGCUAAUAUCCAUUCGACUCCUGCAGAAAAUGUUCUCACUCCAGCUGGGCUGAUGAAUGUCAUGCCCACAUUGUAUCCACCAAAGAGAUGUUAUAUGAGCCCAGAGGAUGAUUCCACUAGCCCACCAAACAAGUUAAUAAGGCGUCCAUCCUGUUCAAGAUCGUUAAAGUUUGACACUCCCAUAAAGAAUGGAAACGUUGGUGAUGAGAAUAUUUUGCCAUCAAUAAUAGAGAACGAGAGGAAGGCAGUAGAAGAGAGAAAUCUGGCGAUCUCACGGGCAAAACGGAGGCAACAAAUGAUUACUAGCCUGCCUAAGCUCUUCAUUAGCACCAAGAAGGAAAGUGGAUGAAUGAUUAUUGGAAUUUAUCAUGCUUCUCAAGUAAAUGAAUUUCAAAUUAUAGAAAAUUUAAGUACCACUCCUUGAACCUAACGCUGGAUUGAAACUCUUGGAUUUGAUGUUUGGCAAUAACUAGUAUUAUGUAUACCAAAAUUUUGGAUCACAAUGGUAUUAUUUGGCCCUAUUUAACUAUUUUAUAAAAUUACAGUACAAUGUUACCAAUCGGGUAAGUUA